CCUCAUCUGCUCCUUUUAAGCCGGCAUUUUUGAGAGGGAGGUCCCUGCGAGGCAUAUACAAACACUCAGUCAAGCGUCCACACUCACCCCACACACUGCACUAGUAGCCAGCAGAGAACUGACCUAUUCCUUCACACAGAAAAGGAAGUUGAAGUGACCUGACAUCAAGAUGGCAGCAAAGGGAGCUGGCAUGGCUAACAAAGGACCGUCCUACGGCAUGAGCCGGCAGGUUCAGGAUAAGAUCGACAGCAAGUAUGACCCUGAGCUGGAGCAGAUUCUGGUGGAGUGGAUCAGCCGUCAGUGUGGCUCUGGAGUGGGAAGGCCAGAGCCAGGCAAAAUGGGAUUCCAGACCUGGCUGAAAGACGGAUGUGUUCUGAGCGAACUGAUUAACAGUCUGUAUUCAGGAGACAAACCUGUGAAGAAGAUCCAGAGCUCAUCCAUGGCCUUCAAACAGAUGGAGCAGAUCUCACAGUUCCUCAACGCUGCCGAGAAGUACGGUGUCACCAAGACUGACAUGUUCCAGACCGUGGACCUUUGGGAAGGUAAGGACCUGGCGGCGGUGCAGAGGACCCUGUCUGCUCUGGGUAGCUUGGCCGUCACUAAGGAUGAAGGCACAUACAAUGGAGACCCUAACUGGUUCUUCAAGAAAGCACAGGAGAACAAGCGAGACUUCAGCGAUGACCAGCUGAAGGCGGGCAAAAAUGUGAUUGGCCUACAGAUGGGGUCCAAUAAGGGAGCCAGUCAGGAGGGCAUGAGCUACGGAAGACCCCGACAGAUCCUGUAAAAUCACUGUGCCACACAUACCCAAAACCUCUUCAGCCCCUUACACCUCCUUAGAGCCCGUAUCCGGUCCACUACAACCUAAAACCUUUUCUGCUUUAGAAUUUAGUUACUUUCUAACAAGUGCCCCCUACUUCCUUGGUCCCAGAAUCCCUUAUGUAGAUGCUUACGCUGGUGACUAUUGCAGAGCUCACCAUGCUUAGUCCUCCCCACUGCAGAUAGGACCAGUACAACUGAAUGUUUGGAGUCUUAAACCAAAAUUGUAACCAUAAAAAUGACCAAUGCAUUGCCUUGGAGGCAAAAACACCAAAAUGACCGUGUGCCAAAGUUGCCUGCUCCUUCCUUCUACUUCUUCUACGUUUAAGAAAUGGCACUCAUAUUACAGAUAACUGACCAGUUUCAUCUGCCACUUCCCACAAUGCUACGCCUGCUGUAUCAGCGCCAAUAUUUUUGUACAUUGUCUUAUUAAAUAAUGACUUUAAAA